CAUCUAAUUUUUUAAUUAUUCUUCCUCACAAUAACGUAAUACGUGCGUCCAAUUGUUCUAACGCAUUUUUGGUCCCUCUCCAUACUCGAUGGUCGAUCAAGCGUAUCAACGUUUACGAGAUACGCAUUUUAAAAACGUUUUAAAAGCGUUUUGUGCUUUUAGGGAUAGCAUUCGCACAUAUUGCAAUUGCAACAAUCAUACUAAAUCGAGCUAAGAUCGUUGAAAAAACGAUUAUUUGUGUAAAUGUACCCAAAAUACACAGUAGAGCUUCCGGACAUUGAAUAGAGCGCAGAUAUUGAUUGUGAUUGCUCCGUUUGUAUUCACGGUGAUAUAGCCCUCGUGCAUUUAUACAUAAUAGCGCGGGACGCGUAUAGGAGCUAGAGUAUAAUAUAGAAUAUAGGAAGUGAAGGAAAUAACUGUAUAUCGGUUAGCGUUCGCAUUUGAAAAUGAAUGAAAAAGCAUUACCGUGGAAUUUAUCAACAGGCGAUCAAGUGCUGCAGCAAAGGUGCAGAAGUAUAGCGGUCGCAGGAAGGAUAUUCAUUGUUUAGCCGCACAUAUGCGUGCAACUAGUGAGCGUAACGAACAAAAGCUAUGGAGCGGAACAAUGGGGCGAGUAUGUUGUCCGCUGCGCGUCGAGAGCCUGCAGACAGCAAAAGUUUUCCUCUAUUAUAUGUUCGACACACUAUACAUCCCACUGUACAUGCAAGAACGCGGUAGUGCAGUGAACAAAUCACUACGAAAGUUCUGUCGCGAGUAUGACAGGACCGUCGAGUUAUCCACGUCUUGUCUUCACUUGCAUCCUCGGCGUUUACACGUUGCUGGCUUUGUCGGAUCACACCGGCUGCAGCUGCUCGAGGACCAGUGCAUCGGAAUUGUUCAUCAGUAGGUGUCGUUUAUUCAUAAACUCACACGCCGAUAGUGCAUCUAUUUACUCUAACAAUGUGAUUGCCACAGACAAAUCAUCGAAGAACAGAAACAUCAUCAGACGACAAGUUUCGCGAGCUGCUCCCGUGCAGGUGCCGACGGCCACCACCGACGAGGUUUUCUGUGACUUUGGGCCUCUGCCCGUCCAGACUCUCUGCGAAUGGCAGGACGGAGCCGGCGCGCUCAAGUGGAUGCCCGGUGCGGGACUGACGAGCAACUGGCUCGGCGGACCAGCUGUCGACUCGAGCAUGAACACGAUGGAGGGAGGGUACGCGUUCAUCGAGUGCUCGCAAGUGCCCAGAGCGAAUCAAGCGGUGAGCAGUCCGAACGGCCGGCUGCACAGUCUCCAGCUGGGAAGCACCGGAGUCUCCGGCACCUGCUUCAUGUUCAGAUACGCGAUCGACGGGCUCAGUUCGGCCGGGCUGCGGGUCCUCUUGCAUCCCGGCUACGACGAGUACAGCUUGAGCGUCGCCAAAGCCCUGAACAAAUCGACAGCCGCAGCUUCGGACGCGGACGCUCCUCUCCCGCCACCUCCUGUUGUCAGCACAACUUCGCCGAGCCCUACCAGCAGUAGCAGUAGUGCUUCCGCGAACGUUCCUCCGCAAGACAACGUGAACCAGGUACUCUGGCACGCGCACUAUCACGUCCUCGGGGAGUGGCAGCUGGCGCAGAUCCUCUACACCUAUCCGGAAGUUCACACUCUGAUCAUCGAGGGGAUGCCGGUCGAGGCGAGCGAUCCCCUACGCUCUUAUCGUGGCUACAUCGCCGUAGACGACAUCGAUCUGCAGCCGGGAACAACUUGUAACGGCUUUUGCAACUUCGCCGCGGGAUUCUGCGACUGGAGCAACGAGGUCGAGGACGACUUCGACUGGUCGAUCAGCCGGGGCAGCAGUAAACCGACGACGGGCCCGGUGAUGGACAGGGAGGCGGCGAGUUCGAGCAUCAGGGGCGGCGGCUACGCUUAUAUAGACUCGAGCUUUCCGAGGCGACCGGGCGACCUGGCCAGACUGGUGAGCGUCGGGCUGCCAGCUAACAAUCAGGAUUCCCCGCUCUGCUUGCACUUUGCAUUCCACAUGUUCGGCUCGGGUAUCGGCGAAUUGCGCAUCUCCAUACGUCACGCCCGAAGCCUCGAGGCCCAGAUGCAGGAGAUCUGGCGACUGCGCGGCAAUGCUGGCAAUUCCUGGUUCGACUCGCGCGUCACCGUCAGCUCGCUCGACGACUAUCAACUCGUCCUCGAGGCUACUGUCGGUAACACCGCCAUGGGUGACAUCGCCGUCGACGACAUCUCCUUCUCCGCCGGACCUUGUCCAACAUCUCCCCAAGUGGCUGCCCCGGCCCACUUUCCCCGGGACUGCAGUUUUGAGAUUGACGAGUGCGGCUGGAUCAGCAGCGGCCAAGGCAGCUCCGACUGGGAGCGUCUCUCCCAGCAGAGUUUGAGUCCGCGCAACCAGCGCAAGCCUUACAGUCUGCCGGCGUCUCGUCCUCGACAGGAGUUCCUGAUGGCGUUGCAGAGCCGAGGUGGUACUGGCGGCAGUUCGGCCGCCAGUAGCACAAGCGCCUACCUCAUAAGCAACGAGAUCAAGUCUGUGCCCAACGAUCCGCUGUGUCUGAGCUUCUGGUACCUCAUGUUCGAGUCGUUCAUCGACGCGACUGGCCCGAGUCUGGGAGUGCUCCGGGUUCUCGUGCAGCCUGUGGGCGAGAGCAUCGACAGCGCGAUACCAAUCUGGCAGCUUUACAACAAUCAGGGCCCCAGCUGGAAUUACGCGCAAGCCAACGUGAUCGAAAAAAUGGGACGCUUCAACGUCGUCUUCGAGGGCAGCUGGGGCCCCAAUCGAGCUAGCGGCAACAUUGCCAUCGAUGACAUAGCCUUCUACACCGGCAAUUGCACUGUCAGGCCAAGCAGCGCAAUCGUUCGAGUCCAGGAUUGUAGUUUCGAAAAAGGGCUCUGCGGCUGGGAAAACGUCAGCAGUAGUGGAGCAGUGAACGAUCCCAGGAUGCAGUGGCAACGAGCCUAUCCGAAUCAUCGACCAGCUCAGCUUCUCGACAAGACCUUCGGUUCUCCCGGAGACUUUGUUUUCUUCGACAUCUUUUCUCCAAAUCAGAAACGCCAGGUCAGUCUGCGCUCACCGUUGGUCACUCUUGCGCCGGAUGAAGAGGCCAUUUGUUUCACUUUUUGGUUUGUGGCUUUCGGAGUCGAAGAGUCGACGAGUCUGAGGAUUCUUAAAAUUUCGGCUAACCAGGAACCUGCCAACGAAUCACCGGAAUCGUCACAAGAAAAUCAAGAUUCAGAACAGCAAGUACUUUGGUCGAUAACGGCAAAAGGUUUUAACAAUCCACGACCCUCUUGGACGUGGGCGCAAGUUACUGUUGAAUCUCGAUCGUCCUUUCGAUUGAUUUUGGAAGGAAGUGCAAGCAACGGUGGCUUUGCCAUUGAUGACAUCAAAUUUCAAUCGCAAGCUUGUCCAACGCGUCCAACUGCUGCGAGAUUAUCUUCUGCAUCACAAGAAUUGUAAUAUAUGGAUUUUUACACUUGAUUACAUUUAAAAACAGAAUAAAUAUAUACUUUUUAUAUA